CUCUCUCUCUCUCUCUCUCUAUGGUUCUCAAGAGCGCGUCGCGUGGUUAUGGAAGAUGGCGAGCGCCGAGACAGCAGCAGAGCACGAGCGAAUCCUGCGUGAGAUUGAGAGCACAGACACUAACUGCAUCGGGCCAACACUCCGGUCUGUUUAUGAUGGACAGGAACAUGGACUCUUCAUGGAUAAACUGGAGGGGCGGAUCCGCAAUCAUGACCGUGAAAUUGAGAAGAUGUGCAACCAUCACUUCCAGGGCUUUGUGGACUCCAUCACUGAGCUGCUCAAAGUGCGCGGAGAAGCCCAGAAACUCAAGUGUCAGGUGACUGAGACCAAUCAGAAGCUCCAAAAUGAUGGCAAGGAGCUCCUGACAUCAAUGGAUGAGCUGAGACAGUGCCGUCUGCAGCAGAGGAAUAUCGCCACUACCGUUGACAAACUCACACACUGCUUACCAGUGCUGGAGAUGUACAGCAAACUGCAGGAGCAGAUGAAGGCCAAACGAUACUAUCCAGCACUACGAACCCUGGAACAGCUGGAGGAGAGCUGUUUGCCUCAAGCGGGAUCGUAUCGUUUCAGCGCCAUCAUGGCAGAGAAUAUCUCACGCCUGCGCACACUCAUCAGAGACGUCUCCAUGUCUGACCUCAAAGACUUCCUGGAGAGCAUCCGCAAACAUUCGGAUAAAAUCGGAGAGACUGCCAUGAAACAGGCACAGGUGCAGAUCGCUCGUGACAAUGCUGUGACGUCACAACAGCGGUCGGCAAGUGGACGGAGGAUACGAAAGGAAGUGUGUUCAGGCACAGAGGUGGACAGAAAGGAAAGCAACCCCUUUUCAGAAAAGGACUCUGGGAUACUGGAUGUGGAGGAUGAAGAGGAAAAUGAGAUUCCUGGUGCGCAGGACUUGGUGGACUUCUCUCCUGUGUAUCGCUGUUUACACAUCUACACUGCAUUGGGUGCCCGGGACACAUUUGAGAACUACUACAGGAAACAGCGGCGAAAACAGGCCCGACUAGUGCUGCAGCCUCACUCUAACAUGCAUGAAACGUUAGAGGGGUACAGGCACUACUUCAAUCAAAUUGUCGGUUUUUUUGUAGUGGAGGACCACAUCUUGCACACCACUCAGGGCCUGGUUAACAGGGCUUAUGUGGAAGAAUUGUGGGAGCUGGCCCUUUCAAAGACCAUUGCAGCCUUGCGUACGCAUUCAUCUUAUUGCACUGAUCCAGACCUGAUUUUAGAUCUGAAGAAUCUUAUAGUGCUGUUUGCAGACACACUGCAGGGUUAUGGUUUUCCAGUAAACCAGUUGUUUGACAUGUUGCUGGAGAUGAGGGAUCAAUAUGGGGAGAUCCUGCUGAAAAAGUGGAACCAGUCCUUCAGGCAAAUCUUGGAUCAGGACAACUACAGCCCCAUUCCCGUGGCAUCCCCUGAGGAGUACCAACGAAUAACAGGCCAAUUCCCCUUCCAAGAUCCAGAGCUUGACAAGAUGCAUUUUCCAAAGAAGCUGCCAUUUUCUGAAUUUGUGCCUAAAGUAUACUCACAACUCAAAGAAUUCAUCUACGCCUGCCUGAAAUAUUCGGAGGACUUGCACCUUAGCUCUACAGAAAUUGAUGACAUGAUCCGAAAGUCUACAAACCUCCUGCUCACACGAACCCUUAGCCACUGCCUACAGUAUGCCAUAAAGAAGAAAAACGUAGGACUGGCAGAGUUGGUCCAGAUCAUCGUCAACACUACUCACCUGGAGCAGUCCUGUCACUACCUAGAAGAGUUCAUCUCCAACAUAACCAACGUGCCUCCUGACACCAUUAAUGCCACCAAACUCUAUGGAACCUCCACCUUCAAGGACGCAAGGCAUGCCGCUGAAGAGGAGAUCUACACUAACCUGAAUCAAAAGAUUGACCAGUUUCUGCAGCUGGCUGAUUAUGAUUGGAUGGCAGCACAGGGAGGUGGGCAAGCCAGUGACUACCUGAGUGACCUCAUCGCUUUCCUCUGUAGCACUUUUGCAGUGUUCACUCACCUGCCCGGCAAUGCUAUAGAGCACGCCGUGCUACCGGGGAAGGUGGCUCAGACGGCAUGCAUGUCAGCUUGUAAACACCUUUCAACCUCCCUGCUGCAGCUGCUGUUGGAGGCUGAUGUCAGGCAGGUGUCUAUGGGAGCCCUGCAGCAGUUCAACGUGGAUGUCAAAGAGUGCGAGAGGUUUGCCAGGGCCGGCCCGGUGCCUGGCUUCCAGGGGGACACUCUGCUGCUCGCCUUCAUCGAUUUGAGACAAUUACUGGAUCUCUUCACUCAGUGGGACUGGUCUACAUACCUGGCUGACUACGGCCGACCCACCUGCAAGUACCUGAGAGUCAAUCCUCACACGGCUCUUGCCCUCCUAGAGAAGAUUUCUCGGUCGAUGAAGGACAACAGCCGCAAGAACAACGUGUUUGCUCAGUUCCGUAAAAAUGAACGGGACAAGCAAAAGCUCAUAGACACUGUGGUCAAGCAGCUGAGAAACCUCAUCGCCAGCAACCAGGCCUGAGAAAGCCAUCGCAUCAGCACACAGCCCCACGUCCUGAUGAGUUGCCACCAGACUGCGUGGACUUCGCUUGCACACCUCCAUUAGUUGGAUGUUUAGUUUUUUUUCCUACACCAACACUCGCACUAUCAUGCACAUAUACAGACGCACCUCUCUGAAAGGUGCGCCUGCUAAACCAUCCUGUGCCUGUGUGAUAUCCAUGUCUUCCUAUGUAACUACCUGAACAGAUUAAGGACAACACAAAUCACAUAUUGUUCUUUAAAACAGGUUUUGGUUGCCUGUUAUUGUCUUGUAAUGAGUGUCAAAAGGACUUAUCAUUUUUUGAAUGGACAAUACUUUAAAAUAAUAAUUUUCUAAUUUUUGAAUUUGACAUCUACAGUUACACUGUAAUUUUGGAUUUUACUUAAAGUGCUGAAAAGUUAAAGGAAAAUUGGAACACUAACUAGACAAAAAAUAUCAAAAUUUCUAACAUCUCAAAUUAAAAGGGAUAGUUCCCCUAAACAUGAUCAUUUACUCACCCUCCUUUCAUUUCAGACCUGUAUGACUUUAUUUCUUCUGUGGAACACAAAAGACGUUAUUUUAAGAAAUGUCUCUAUUUCUUUUGUCAAUUUUUUUUAUUUUUAUUUUUUUGAUGUAUUUUCUUUUGUGUUUUACAGAAGAAAAAGUCAUCCAGUUUUGCAGCAACGUGGAUAAAUGAUGACAGAAUGAUGAUUUGAUGAACUAUCUAUUUAAUAUGUGUGAGAAUACAAAUGAAUAUUCUCACAGAUGUGUCAAGGGUUCAUUUGAGAGCUGAUUAUAAGUGAAGUUUUACUGAGUUCUCAAUACAGGGAAUCUGGUUACUGCUCUUAUUAAUUUUUUAUGUGUAGUAAUUGUAUACUAGACAUAUUUCAGCUUUAGUCUGUUACAGCCAAGACUUAGCUUAUAGCUUAAUACCUUAAAGAAAACAUCUGUGUGGCAGUUUUGGAGAAGAUUAGUUUACUGUUGUCAUGAAAAUGACUAGGUUAAGAUUUUUUUAUUUUUUAAAUAUGCAAAAUAGAGGCUUUGGUCUCUUGUAUUCAUUAAUUGCAAAUAUAUCAGCCAGCAUUCAAUGCCAAAACAGACUUGAGGAUGUGUAAGGGAAGGGAAACCUAUUAUAAUGGCAUAGAGAUUAAGAGAAUUACAAGAGCAGGCUAAUGAUGUCAGCACAUUUAUUUUCAUUUACAGUCAUGUGAGUUUAUGUACACCACUGUACAUUAAAACUAAUAUAAAUAGCUUUUAGUGUUUACGCAGUGUAAUCUUCCCAUAUUUUCUCUGAUUGGAAUGAGGGUGCAAUAUUACAAAUUUAUUUUCAAACUGAACUGAGAGUUUUUAGGAGAGUAUUGUGUUUAAAGGGAGUUUUCUUUUUCUUUCUUUUCUAUUUUUACUGGUACAAAAGAUGUAUGUUUGAAGCCUGUUCCUUACAAUGGAUACAAAACCAUAAAACUAUAAAGGGAAUUCCUCAUUUUUAGGGACAGAACGUGCGCCAUGUCAAAAUAUGUUUUGGAUUCAGCUCUUCCUGUCUGUGCCUUGACUUUUUUUUUUGUUUUUUCUCCCCUGCACAACACCCGGUCUUGGACGUAUGAGCAGGGAAUGGACAUGAGUUAGCGUGUAAAAGCCAGCACGCAUGAGAACAUUCAGCCUUAGCAGACAGCUCGGAUUGUAGAGCACAAUAAUAACUACAGAGAGAGAUGCACUGUACAGAUUGUUAUAUUAAAGCACUAAUGAAUAUUACAAUACUAAUAAAUUCAGCAAAUGCCAA